AUGGUUUCCACCAAGCAACUCUCCCUGGCCGCGGCCGCAGCCCUUCUCUCCUUUUCCAACAAGGCCCUGGCCGAGUCCACUGAGGGCAAUACCGACUUCGCCGUCCGAGCUGAGGGUGCCGAUGGCGGCGCCGUCCAGGACUUUGUCCUCCGAUCCGUCGACGAGGAGACCCUUAUUGCUCGCGAUGUUGAGGAGCUCGAGGAGCGUGACGAUGAGGAGCUAGAGGAGCGUGAUGAGGAUGAGCUCGAUGAGCGUGACUUUGACGAGGAGCUCGAGGUCCGUCGCUACGGCGGUGGUGGUGGCCAUGGAGGCGGUCGUGGCCAUGGCGGUGGUCGCCACACUCGUGAUCUUGAUGAAGAGCUCGAGGUCCGUAGCCCUCGCGGCCCCGGCGGUGGCUUUGGAGGCCGUGGUGGCUUCGGCGGACGUGGAGGAGGUCGUGGAGGUGGCCGUCACUCUCGUGAUCUCGACGAGGAGCUUGAGGUCCGUCGCUUCGGCGGUGCCGGUGGUGGUGGUCGCGGCUUUGGCGGCGGCCGCGGAGGUGGCCGUGGAGGUGGUCGUCACUCUCGUGACCUCGAUGAGGAGCUUGAGGUCCGUCGCUUCGGCGGUGCCGGUGGUGGUGGUCGCGGCUUUGGCGGCGGCCGUGGAGGUGGCCGUGGAGGUGGCCGUCACUCUCGUGACCUCGAUGAGGAACUUGAGGUCCGUCGCUUCGGCGGUGCCGGUGGUGGUGGCCGUGGAGGUGGCCGCGGCCAUGGCGGUGGUCGCCACAGCCGUGACCUUUACGAGAUCGAGGAGCGCGACUUCGAUGAGGAGCUUGAUAUCCGUGACCUUCUUGAGCCUGAGCUCGAGACUCGCGGCCGCAAGCGCAAGGGUGGAAAGGGCAAGGGCAAGAAGCGUGGUGGUCGCCGCCACAAGAAGCCCGCUGCCGAGGCUACUGAAUCCUCGGAGUAA